CAAGCGGAUAGUUAACAUCGUCUUCGAAAAUCGUUCGUUUUGGCCGGAAUUGCUUGUUUCGACUCAAGUCGUUCGCUUCGACUGAAAUCGUACGUUACGACCGACGAAUUGCUCGCUUCGACCUGUCAAAGUCCAGCGGACCAACCCACUAAUUAGUUCCAACUGAUAAUUAUUAGUGAUCGUGCGAUUGUUGUAUUUACCUCGCAACCGUACAAAACUUACGAAUAAAACGAAAGUUAGGAAACCAAGAUGUUCGUCUCACGUAGCUACUUGUUCAUUUCGAUGCUCGUUGUUGUUUCUGCGGCGCCAAGAAGACACACCAGAUCCAGCCUACCAAUGUGGUACUUGCCAUGCGGUGAGGAACAAGGGGAGGAAAUCGAAGUUCCUUCGCUGGACGAAGAAAUCACCGGCAAUGUACAAAAUCUAACUAUAGAAAACCUCAGGCUUCAACACCAAUUGACCAUGAACGAUUAUUUGAAUCGAGACUACGAAUACCUCUACGAAGAUGUACGAAUCGGUGUCGAGGAGUACCAGUAUAUCCCGAACUGGGUUCCGGGCAAAGAGGACGUGAACAAGAUCAAGAAAUUGGCCAAUACUAGUCCACAAACGAUCGUCGAUCACUUUCCAAAGUUGCACGUGGACCUUCAAAAAUUUGCGGUUGCGUUCGAAGAGUUGGUGAAAGAUGAGAUUAUUCGAAAGAAGUACAAAGCACUAAAGACGACGCAAUCGUAUUUGAUGAUGAUGUUGUGCGAAGUAGAAAGCAAUAUCAUGGCUCUGCCAUCCCUUCGGAUUCCAUCGCGUGUGGGAAGAAGUAUCAUGAACAACGCAGAACGAGAGCCCGAGGACAAUACUAGAAGACUUAUUCGUGACUGGGGCGUGCUUCUCAAGUACAGAGAUUAUCUUCACGCUUGGAGGCACGUUUUCAAUUAUUAAAUAGCGUCAGAACAAACGACAACAACAUUCGAAUUCGAUGGUAAAACAGAAGGAUUUGCCUCUAAUACAUAUUUAAAUUAUAAGCCUAUGGCACGAUCUUAAAUUAUUUUUUGGCAGUUUAUUGAAAUUACGGGAAAGAGACGCUGCCUCUUUAUUGUAACAGCAAUUCAUCAAGAUCAUGAGAGUAAUAUGAGGGUCAUGGUUUCUUGAUUUAAUAAUUUUCAUACUAAUUCGUAGUUAAGCGGGAACAUCUUAAAAUUUUAUGAAAAAUAAAAAUACCAGCCUAGCUAACGUCAUUCAUGAUAAUCGUUAUUUUUGAAAUAUUUUUGAAAGAGAAAUUUCAAUUUUAAGAUGAAGUAAGAGGAUAACUUUGUUUAAAUGAGAUUAAUUCGUAAUGGGGUAUUUUGAAUUCAAAGAUUACUUCUUAGUGAAAGACAAAAAAUGUGAUUUAUUAUAUAUAAUUGUGAGCGAAAUUAGCGAAGCAUAUAGGACAUUAACAUCUACCAACAAUGAUUGUCGAGAGAAGCAGAGUCGUGUCACAAUAUGCAUGACUAAUGGACGACACAGCUAAAGUCAGCUGUGAUAAAACUGUUCGAGAUAACCUGACCCAUUGCGAAACGUAUUUCAAGUGACAUCGGGUUAAUUAAUUUAUUUAUUCAUGAAGUUAUUUAUGACAAUCAUCGAGCAUUAGAAUUAGUAUUUAUUAUUUAUUCAUUAUUUAUUAUUUAUUCGAUAAGAUGCAUCAUUAUUUAUUUAGAAUAUUUAUUUAUUGAAAACAAUUGUACCUCUUUCAAUUGCCUUUUCAAAGGUGAUAUCUAACCAGAAUUUUAAAGAUUCUGGAAUGCAAUUUGUGAUAAUUCAUCUUUUAGGAAAAUUACUAUCUUUCUGACAAAUAAUCGUUAGUAGCAAAUAUAUUGGUGAAAGACAACGAUUGCAAUAUAAUUGUUUUAUGUAUUGUUCAGUAUUAUUGAUUAAAUAUUUAUACUA